CGGCGCGGGCUCGCCGCCGCCGCCGCCGGCGACACGGCGGUGUCCCCGCUCACGGCGGCCCUGGUCGCCGCCGAGCUGCUGCCGAAGCUGGUGGAGGCGCGGUCCCCGACGCCCGCCAGCUGGCCGUCGCAGACGGACGAGCUGGAGUACGUGGGCCGGCACGAGCAGCUGCUGAAGUACCUGCAGACGUGCUACGAGACGGCCCUGAGGGCGGCGCCGGCCUCGUGGAAGGGCGGGCCGAACGAGGCCGUGCUGAAGGACCUCAUCCAGGACCUGGACAAGUCCUGCCAGAAGGGCAUCCAGAUCUGGCGGGAGGUGACGGGCAACACGUGCGACAAGUUCAAGACGGUGCCCAAGUACUACUUCUCGGAGCUGCGGGGCAGGAGGAAGUGCGCCCUGCCCCAGCCGCCGGUGAACCUCACCGAGGAGGCUACCCUGUCGUUCCUCUGCGUCGAGGUCGUGGCCGGCCUCCGCCGCGCCGAGCGCUUCGAGCUCUUCGCGCGCAAGGCGGACACCGUCGUGCCGGCGGAGCGGUGGGAGAAGAACGCCAAGGUGGCGAAGGCCAGGGCCUCCGACAUCAUGGCGGCGGCGGUGCGGAUCUUCGGCGAGAGGAGGGUGGAGACCGAGCUCAUGACCUGCAUCAAGGAGGAGAACGAGGUGUCCCGCGAGAUGCUCGACGGCUCCAGUGGGCGCGUGCGCUUCGGCGCGCGGCCGGGGGAGGACCCCGCCGCCGAGGACGACGCCGACGACGACGAGGGCGACGCCUGCGACAUCUCCGCCGCCCUUCGGCCCGUCUUCAUCGUUUCCGACUGCACCGGCGAGUCGGCGCAGCACACGGUGGACUCGGCGCUGGGGCAGUUCAGUCACUGCUUCGAUCGCUCCACCUCGGUGAACAUGACCGUCUAUCGCUUCUGCUCGGAGGCGGAGAUCGAGGGCAUAGUGGCGCUGGCGAAGGAGAAGGGCGCCUUCAUCGUCCACACGCUGGUAGACCCGCGCGUCAACGCCGCCCUAGUGGAGCAGUGCGAUUCAGCGGGCGUGGACCACCACGACCUUUGGGGCAGGCUUCUCGAGAAGCUCGAGGGGUACUUCGACGUGACCAGGUCGGCGAUCCCGGGGCAGAGGCAGGUCGUGGACGAGAAGUAUUUCCAGAUGAUCGAGUGCAUCGAGUAUACCCGCACGUUGGACGAUGGCGUCCUGCCCCACAGGUGGGCGGAGGCUGACAUCAUCAUCCUGGGCCCGUCUCGCACUGGCAAGACCCCCCUGUCGUUCUUUAUGUCCCAGCGCGGAUACAAGGUGGCCAACUACCCAAUCGUGCCCGGCGAGGAUCUCCCCAAGGAGCUGUGGGAUUUCGACCAGGACAGGGUGUUCGCUCUCACCAUCGAUCCGCAGAAGCUGUCGAGCAUCCGUAGUAAUCGCAUGCAGACCUUGAAGAUGGGCUCUGGCACCGCGUAUGCUAAGGCCUCAAAGGUGCAGGAGGAGAUUGCUUGGUGCAGGGCGCUGUACAAGAAGAACCCGCGGUGGACUGUGCUCGACACCACGUACGCUGGCAUCGAGGAGAGCUCCGCGUCCAUAAUGAAGGUCCGGAAGGCCGCCCUGCAUUCCGUCAACGUGGUCUGCCUGUGCCCCUCCUGCAGCGAGAUCCUGCGGGGCCACACGGACUUCAUCUUCGAGCGCAUCAAGGAGGACUCCAAGCAGAAGCCGGAGCUCAUCCGGGAGGUGGACCUGGGCCCCUUCAAGCACAAGGUGGACGACGGGCUGCCGCUGCGGAAGUUUGCCUACACGGUGUCGGCCUCGCUGCUGCAGGCCUACACGGAGCAGGUGGCCUCGCCCUCCCUCAUCGAUCUGGUCCUGCAAG